AUGGUUUCCGGGACCGCAGCGGCGAUCACCGUCUUCUGGGGUUUCUGCGUGUGGAAGGCGUAUCUCCCAGGCGAGCAGUUGCCCAUUUUGCCAGAUGUGCAAUUGAUCAGAGAGGCCCUCAUGGCUGGCAUUUCUGAGGACUUGCCUGACAUUUCACAGCACCUGCCUGCAGCGCACCCAUGGUGCGCAUCGCAAGCAGUUUGGGACAAGACGGUCAAAGGAAGGACGGACAAGAAGGCGGCGGCAAAAGAGUCGGCAGUUCAGGAGACCGCCGCGAAGGAUAGGAUUGUCGACGAGGCGACGGCACAAGAGCGUAUGGUUGCGCAGUGGGCAGCUGCGCAGAAUGCAACCGAUGCGUCUGCCGAGAAGUCAGCCGCGGAUAGGACUGCCAUUCAGAACGAAGCAGUGGAGCUCGCUGCAGUGAUCGCCGCACAUGCUCCCUUGGCCCCCACCGCGAGUGCAGUCCCUCGGUCUGCGUCUGCCUGGGCGUGGUGCGGCGCAGCCAGCCUCGUCGACGCGGUCCUGCUGUUGGUGCUGCUGCGCUGGCGGCACCUGCGGAAGCACCCCGCCGCCGUGCGCGUGGAGCCGCUGGAGGCCUCCUGCGGCUGCGCGGCGGGCGCCGUCGAUGCUCUCGCCGUCCCCGGUCCCUGGCGGAGGCAGGUCGUCUCGCCGACGCCCCUGGCAGGAGGCCUGUCCGUGCUGCCCGCGCCUCUGGAGCCGCCGCCGCCCCCCGCGGGCUGUCCGAUCGCGCUUCCGGCGCCCCGCUCGCCGUUCCCUCCGCCCGCAGCCGCUCCGAGCACCAGCGCCACCUCGGCAUCCGGGCCCACGGCCCUCUCCGAGGCCAACCUGGUCGGCGCCUGGCGGCCGCCUCCUGCCUGCCGCGCCGAGGCGAUGCUUGCCGCAUCCCCCAAGGCUAAACCCCUGAACCCCCUCGCCGCGUCGUUCACGCCCUUCUCGCCAGCCGCCAGGUCUCCAUCGGCAAGCCCGCCGAAGGCCCUGGUGGAGCAGCUCAGGCGCGAGGCGCUCCAGGAGCGGCUCCAGGAUCGGGUCAGCCGCUCCCUGAGUCACUCACCCGCGCGCCCAGAGGGGGCCGACAUCUGGGAUGGCAGCGGCGCGUGCAUCAGGGAUGGCAGCCCCCCCAGGCGCCACCUGAGCAGGAGCCCGGCCCCAAGCCCAGAGCGGGUGUUGGAGGCAGCGUGCGCAGCAGUGACUGAGGGCAAGCAGCGCCGAGAGCAGCAGGCCAACCUCGGGGAGGGCAACAGCUGCGCCGAGGCUGGCGGCAGUCCGCCCCUGCGCGAUCUCAGCAGGAGCCCAGCCCCAAGCUCAGAGCGGCUGUUGGAGGCGGCGUGCGCAGCUGUGGCUGAGGGCCAGCAGCGCCGAAAGCAGCAGGCGGCCAGCAUCGGGGAGGAGGCUCCCGCGCCGCUCUCGCGCCGCCUCGUCUUUGAGGACGUCGAGGAGGAGGGCUCGCAGCGCGCGGCGGCCGCCCCGCCCGAAGCCGAGCCCUCGCCAUCGUCCCCCCCACCGAGAUCUGCGCGGCCCUCGCCGGCGGCAUCGUUGGCGGACUCCCCGCCGACGCCUGCGCGCCCCAGCGGCAGCCCCAGGGAGAUGCAGCAGGCCUUCCAGCGCAAGCUCUCCUUCCACCUUCCCUCCGUGGUCGCCCAGCUCUCGCGCCGCCCGGCCUUCGUGGAUGCGAGCGAGGAGGAGGGCGCGCAGCGCGCGGCGGACGCGCCGCCCGCCGCCGAGCCCUCGCUGGCGGACUCCCCGCUGACGUCUGCGCGGCCCAGCGUCAAGAACACGUUCAUAAACAUCCCGGAGGGCGAGGCGGAGAUGGCACAGAGGCCCUUGCGGCGGACGCAGUCCCUGCCGACGCUUGACCCCGCAGGCGGCGGCAACGACGCCGACGCUCCAGGCCACAGCGCGCUGGCGGCCCCGCCGGCGGCCCCCCCGCCGACGCCUGCGCGGCCCUCGCCGGCGGCCUCCCCGGCGCGGGCGGCCGCGAAGAAGUCCAGGGCGAGUCCGGCGCGGCCGGGCCCGAAGCAGAAGGUCUGGACUCCGAAGCGGCCGCCAGCCACCUCUGUGGAGGUGCCGCAGGCCAGCCGCCCGCCAGCUUCAGAGGUCGCCGGCCUGGUUGCGGCGCCUGGUCGCUCGCCCGGCCGCGACGUCGACUGGCGCGCCAAAGGCCUCGAGGAGGAGUACGCCCGCCUGGUGAGCCUGACGCCGAAGGCGCUGCCUGCGCCCCAGGUCGACGGCGCAGGCGCGCCCAGCCCGUGCGCUGCCUGCUACGAGGCGGCUUCGGGUGCAAAGGCCGAGGCCGAGGCGACUGGCACGGCGCCGCGGCGUCGCCGUGCUCACGGCGCUGGGGCGUGA